UGGAUCCACCCUACAUAUGCAGUCGACGGGUCCCAAUUUCAAAAAUCUUGUUCAGAACUCACUUUCCUUUUCCUUUGCCACAAGUUUACACAGUAACAGUGCAAAGAUGUCGGUUGAAUCGGAAAUUCUAUCGCUUUUGACAGCGUUACUACAAGUAUCGCCAGGCAUGCUACAAGCUCAUCGUACAGAAAUAAUUCCUGUACUUGAGACACUUGCAGAACGAGUUGGAGUAACAGUUAUUCAAAACCCCUUCAGUGCAUCGUAUCAGCAAACCGCUCCCCCAUUGCAAUACCCGACUCCCGACCCCCUCGCCCCUCAAAGCACUGCCUAUGAAGAGAGCAGUUCUAUCUCUUUUGUUAGGUCAACCCAACAGACCUCCGCCGAUGUAAUCGCAGUUGCGGAAGUGGAUUCGAUCGAUUCUCCCGCCUCACUCCAGCAAACCUCCGGCGAGUUAGACACUAUUGACGACUCCUCCCUUUCCGUCAACAAUGAACCACUUGAGAAUUUAUUUCGGCCUCAGCAGUUUCUGGAUAAGAUACAAGAAAAUCUCGAGAAGAUUGUCAAGUUUUCCACUAAUAAUUCGUCCAACAUCAUCAAAAGUGUCCUUGCUGUUGAGGAUGAUCGCCUUCGCGAUAUAAAAAGCAUUAUUGGAAAGAAGAAACCAACUCCCAAUGACAGAUAUGUUCAGUGCCUUGCCCAACGAUCGCUAGCACUUGAGUACAAUCAAUGGGACCUCAAGAGAGGAGGGACAAGGCUAGAUGAUGUAUUCAAGAAUGCACCAUCAGCUAAGAUCAAAAAAAGAGGGAACUUUACAUACUAUGUACAACGUGUUCGCCGGUUCAAUGACUUUCAAACAGCUUACAAAGCACUUAAGCGUGGUGUUCGACAACUGAUAAUUGAGGAGAAAUGUGAUUUCUCUGGAAUAGAAGUGGUAAUCCCGUUUACAUAUCAAUAUUUUGAUGCUUUGUCUUAUGACGACCUUCACAUGUUUGGCAUCCUACUCCAACAGAAAAUGGACAUACUUGGUACCCUCAAACAGGCUUCAUCCUGGGUUGAGAAUAGCCAGUCAAUAUACGAUGGGUACAGGAAAGAUAAACGACCUCGCCUUGAAUUGGAAUCGUCCUUGCCGAGAACCAAGCGCCCACGCUGGGCUGGACCCAUUGACAUACAAAACCCCGAGAGCUCAUCAGCGCACUAUUCUUCAUCGACACCGUAUGCCUCCGAGCGGAGUCUCGCCAGAUUGAAUACCAAUAAUGCCACCAGCAUGACUGAAGAAUGUGCAGCGCGACACAACAUCCCAACCACAGACGAAACAUUCGUCCACGCCCUGAAUACUAUACCCUUGCCCCGUGACAAUCGGUCAUUCCCUCCACAAUAUGGCAUGGGAGACGCCUGGGCGGAUACGAGGGAGUGCUUCAUGAGUAUGCAGCUACCGCAAUACGGCUUUCCUGAUGCCUCCGCAGGUGGAUACUCGUUGGCAGACUCACAAAUACCACAGUACGGCAUUCCGGAUGCCUCCGCCGGUAUACUUUCUCUACCUCAUCCGAUGAACAGCCAUCGACAAGAACUUGCUCUCAUUACCGACACGCAAAUACCGCAGUAUGGCAUUUCUAACGCAUCCGCGGGCGGAACAACAACAGUCUGAAGAAACCAUCAAACGAUCAAACGUAAGCUGUGCAAUAGCUAAUGAACAUAAUGAAUUUUUGCUUUAUGCGCCUCCUUCCAUGUCCAACACAAUAAGAAGUGAUAUUCCCCCUCCUUUAUCACUCAGGAUCAUGUUAUCGUCUCCUGACACAAGAAUAAACUCCCCAUGAUCUAAUUUUUGUUUAUCUUGGAACCUGGGGAGACCGUUGUUCUCAUCGACAUAUUCUAAGCCCAUAAUGACUAGAUGCUUGCCAGGGAAUGGCCUUUCCAGUAUACCACUCUUAUCAGUCCAAACAAUUGCAUAUGCUUCGGCAACAUUUUUGAAGGGAUCAUCCUUGAAUGUCUUCGAGGUUCUUCUGGAUAUAUAUUCGAGGUUUGCUUCAUCCUGAUUCAUGGUUAGCACAUUUCCAGGACUGCUGAUGGCUGUUCUCAAACCUUUAACCAUUGUGUAAUUACUGGCUCAAUAUCUUUCUCACAGUCGGGAGGAAAGAGCCAAGGAUAGGUGGGGUGCGAACUUCGUUUCACCUUUGAUCUCACUUUCGAUGCCGCUUUGGCUGCAGUGUCUUGAAGUGGCUGCAUUCUGCACAGCUUGGGUGAUAUGCCAGUUGGAUAUGACAGGGGAAUGUAGAUCUGUUCCAAUGAUUAGAACCCGACUAGGCAACAGGUGACUAUAUAUAUCGCCUACAUGGAAUGUUAUGCAAUCGACUUAAAAUGAUGUGAAAUUCAACGCUGGUAUCUUAGUACAAAAACAGGAUUUUUCGCCUGCUUCUGCCUCCAACUUAUAUCUCAGCGGGGCUAAGCGGGGUCAAAUGUAAUCGGAAAAACUAUUGGUCCGAGAGAGCCAUCGACAACCUUUAACCAUAAUCCUCCGUAUUACAUCCUGUUCCCAGCGAGCUGUCUUCUUCCAAAGAUACCGCCCGUGGACGCUCGCUUUGCUGCUUGCGCAGCCCAGGGCCCCCUUUCACCCCAUAUUGCCCUUUUUCGGAAAAGUUGGUUUUUCUAACUGGUAGUUAGUUACGGUAUACGAAGCCUGGCUGGUAGGAUGAUGGGACGUACACUUCAUGAACUUCUUUAUAUUGAUGCUCGAGCUUCUACAAUGGCUCCGAAGACUCUGAAUGCUUGGUUAUCCAUGAAACGCUGUUGCAGUUGCUUCAUUGUAAUGGGCUGCGGAGGAUGGUUAGGCCUUUCUAGAGGUGUUCGGGGGCCAAGGGGUGAAGGGGGGGGAGCUUUGGUGCCGUUAGACUUUGCGGUUUUGGGCAUUGUGAUCGAUAAAUGAUAUAGCAAUUGUAAAGCCUCGCGGAUAUUGAAAUAGAGAAAUAGUGUUCCUCAGUUCUUUCUUGAUUGCUUUAGGAUCUCCGGGGGGGAUUGUGGCUCCUGAUAUGCCAUUCUGUCUGUACCCCUGGUACCAAUUCCUUUUCUCAUCUUCCCCUUUCACUGGACAACAUGGAUACGGAAGGAGACGACCGUUGCUCUCCCAUUCUAGAUGCAUGAAACUGUGCCGCACGCUGUAGUGCAUGGGUGUAGCGAAUCUGUACCCAUCUAGACCCUUGUGAUGGAUGCAUGAUAGAUUUGGAAAUACGGGUGAUGUGGAUCAAAGCACCGCUCGCCGGGUGAAAGCUCCUCUGGGUUCCAUCACCGCUUACUUUAGUUUUGUGUACUUCGAAAAAAGUAGGAAUACGGCUAGUGCAGACGGGACUCAGAUGUUUCGCUACGGAGUACUUGGAGCGACCAACGGAUCGGCAAAUCACUCCGCAAAUUGCCACUUUGGGGGAAACGGCAGCACCACCUCUUCAUUGACUGGGAAAAACUAUCGCGCAAAAUAAACCCUCUGAAUUACAAAUGAAAGAAAAAGCUAUUCGGAAUUAUUCAAACACUCUCCAAUCCUGUUGCUCUGCUCUAGUAUUGAUCUUGUCUUAUCAUCAUCUAUCAUCAUAUCUUCUGCGACAAAUUUUGUCAGAACUUCAGGCACAAGCAUCUUCAGAAUAUACAUUGCAAUCCCACACUUUUGAACAAGACUCUUCUGUAUAGCGGCCUCUCUGAGAUCACUUGUAAAAAGAUAUGCAAUUUCUUCUCCACUAUAUAUUUAUUAGCAUAAUGACAUUAAUAUGUUCUUGAAAUCCUAAGCUUA